AUGAUAUCAUCAAAUGGUCAUACAUGUGAUGGUGGAAAUCGUACAUUACGUUGGUCACAAUUUUGUGAUGGAAUUAUUGAUUGUCAUGAUCGUUUUGAUGAAGAAGGACAUUUUUGUAAACUUUGUAUCAAUAAUCUUUAUUCAUGUCCACCUGAAGAUGACAUACGAUGUGAUUUAGCUUGUAAUAUGCUUCAUUAUGUACCUUGUCAAACAAUACAAGAUCGUCGUGCAUGUAAUAAUAUCCGACAAAAUUACGACAAUUAUUCACCGUAUCAAUUGCUCAAGAAUUUAAAUUUCUAUAUUGCUGUUGCAAUAGCUACGAUUGUUAUCCUUCUUGUUAUUACCGGUAUUUUCAUAUUAAUCAAAUAUUUUAUUCGUAUACAUCAACGACGAAUAAUUAGAUCUCCAGCUAAAACAUUAGAUAUUCCUAGUGCUCCACCUCUACCACCAUCAUAUUUAUCUAUUCUACAUCAUAGAACUGAAACAGAUACAUUAUCUAGUCAUAUCUACGAAGAAUGUUAUGCACCACCUCCAUAUGAAAAUGCUCAUAAAUAUCCAAUGACAAGAACAUAUUAUGAGCAUGCAUUAUGA